UCCCCACCAACUCACUGAGUCAAACUCACUCUCCUCCUCCAAAAAACCCUCGCAAACCCCUCCACAGUCCACAGUCCACACCCACCCUUUCUCUCUCCUCCCAAAAAUGGUUCUCCACCGCCCACUACUGGGCAAAACCCACCUCCUCCUCCACCGCCACCUCCGCUACUUCAGUCAAUCCGCCGCCGCCCUAGUCCUCCCUUACGACCCAGAAGCUCCACUCACUUACCUCCCCGAGUUCCCAAAACCCGACCCGUCUGAGACAAUCACUGCCAUACCUCGCUCUGAAUCCGGCAAGAAGAUAUGCGCACAUGAAAGGAAAGCGGGCCGGGUACCCAGCAUUGUUUUUGAGCAGAAAGAUGGGCAACAUGGUGGGAAUAAGAGGUUGAUCUCAGUUCAAACUAAACAGAUCAAGAAACUUGUUGCUCAAAUGGGUUCCUCUUUCUUCUUGUCUCGCCUUUUUGAUCUCCAUGUCAAACCUACUUUUGAUUCUGAUGACAUUGUCGAAAAUGUCCGCGUUCUUCCCAGGAAGAUCCAUAUGAAUGCAGCCACCGAAGCUAUACUUAAUGUUACUUUCAUUAGAGCUCCCUCUGAUGCCUUAUUGAAGGUCGAAGUUCCCCUUGUAUUUAGAGGAGAAGAUGUAUCACCUGGAUUAAGAAAAGGUGCGUAUCUGAAUAUCAUUAAAAAGACAGUUAAAUAUCUUUGCCCUGCGGACAUAAUCCCUCCCUAUAUUGAUGUGGAUUUAAGUGAGAUGGAUGCUGGUGAAAAGUUGGUAAUGGGGGACCUUAAUGUUCAUCCGGCACUGAAGCUGCUUCAGUCAAAAGAUGAGCCAAUUCUAAAGAUUAUGGGUGCUAGAGUUUCUGAAGUAAAGAAAGCCAAGUAGGCAUUUCAUUCGAGUUACCAAGAAUACAAGAUACAUGAAGCUUCAAAUUGUGAUUUUUUUUCAUCAAUAUGAUCUUGGUAGGGAGUUAUUUUUGUCCUACAUAAUGCCUAUAUGAAUGACCUAAACAAGGGCAUAUGGUGCUUUUUAUCUCUGUGAAUUUGGGCGCAUGGGAAUAUGGGAUGAUAGAAGGUUCUGAAUCGAAAUAGAUUUUUUCACUUUGAUCAGUUUUUUAGGGUACAAAUCAUGCCUCAGAUUUUGAUCCUGAGUUUAGGUUCAUGCUUGAAGAAUGUCUUUCAUAUGUAUAACUAACAGCUUCGUCGUUCAGUGAAUAAUACGAAGUUCUCCAUUAUGCAUGGGUUUAUGUAAUUUCCGAAAUUUAAUGCUUCACACUGAGGCCCUGAUGAGUUUCA